CCUUCUCUACUUCCUCCAAAUUCCAACACCCAAACAUGCUUCUUCUCCCUUCCACCAAGCCCAUAACAACAGAAACAAUCUCAAGAAAAUGUUCUGCACUUAGUCCACAACACAGAUUUUCCUCCAUUAGAGUUGAAUUGAGGUCACACAACACAAAAACAGUAGCAGUAACAGCAACAAACAAAGGAACUCAACCUAUGUUGGCUACCACUAGAAGGCCACUGGUGUUGUCACUAUUGACCACCUUCUUCAAUAUGUUGGAAGAUACCAUCAACAGCUUCAGUAAAGCUCCUCUCCCACCUUUCAUUGAUCCACAGUGUGUCCUCUGUGACAAUUUUGCUCCGGUGGAUGAGCUUCCCCCAACCGAAUGCCAGGUUAUUGAAGGCCAACUCCCAUCUUGCCUUAAUGGAGCUUACAUUCGCAAUGGCCCCAACCCACAGUACUUCCCAACUGGUUCAUACCACCAAUUUGAUGGUGAUGGAAUGCUUCAUGCGCUCACCAUUUCUGGUGGCCGUGCCAUGCUCUGUAGCCGCUUUGUCAAAACUUAUAAAUACAAUUUAGAGCAUGAAUCUGGCCAGCCAGUCUUUCCAAACAUGUUUGCAGUCUUUUAUCGUCCCACCACCUUUGUGAUCACCAGUAUUUUGUUCACUGCAGCUAGAAUCUUCAGCGGACAGAUCAAUCCUGCAAGAGGGGCUGGUCUUGCCAAUACCAGCCUUGCUUUCUUUGGUGACAGGCUCUUUGCCCUUGCUGAAUCUGAUCUUCCCUACACUGUUCGUGUAGACAAAGCCGGUGACAUUGAGACCAUAGGGCGCUAUGAUUCUAAUGGAGAACUGUUACAAAACAUGACAGCCCACCCAAAGAUUGAUCUGAACACCAAACAGACAUUUGCUUUUCGUUAUGGCAUGAUGCGCCCAUUCUUGACCUUCUUCAGUUUCGAUGCAAAUGGCUCAAAACAAUCAGAUGUACCCAUCUUCUCUGUAUCUCAUCAGUCUCUGGUUCAUGACUUUGCCAUCACCGAACGGUUUGCAAUAUUUCCUGAAAUACAGAUAACAGUAAACCCAAUGGCAAUCAUGAAAGGAACACCUUUGAUGCAGUUAGACCAUUCGAAAGUGCCAAGGAUUGGUGUAAUUCCACGGAAUGCCAAGGAUGAAUCAGAGAUGAGGUGGUUCGAUGUGCCUGGAUUCAACAUCUUCCAUACCAUCAAUGCUUGGGAGGAGGAAGAUGAUGUAGUUGUCCUGAUCGCACCCAACAUGUUGUCCAUAGAACACUGCUUAGAGAAGACUGAGCUGAACCACUCAUCGGUAGAGAAGGUUAGGAUAGACUUGAAGAGAGGGAUUGUUUCAAGGUUCCCAUUGUCUGCAAGGAACUUAGAUUUUGGGGUGAUAAACCCAGCCCUAGUGGGGAAGAAGAGCCAGUAUGCUUACCUGGGAGUGGGAGAGCCUAUGCCCAAGAUGGCUGGGGUAGUGAAGCUAGACCUUUCAGGAUGGGAGCACCAAGAACAUGUUGUGGCCAGUCGGAUGUAUGGGCAAGGAUGCUAUGGUGGUGAACCGUUCUUCGUGGCCAAAAACCCAGAGGACCCAAAUGCUGAGGAGGACGAUGGGUAUAUGGUGUCAUACGUGCAUGAUGAGAUUUUAGGGGAGUCAAAGUUCUUGGUCAUGGAUGCAAAAUCACCUACUCUUGAGAUUGUUGCAGUAGUAAAGCUGCCCCGGCGGGUGCCCUAUGGAUUCCAUGGGCUAUUUGUGAGGCAAAGUGAUCUCAACAAAUUGUGAGUAACUCAUAGUUGUGUGGAAGGCUUUUGGGUUUGGUAAGCCAGAAAGAAAAGAAUGCCAAAACCAAAAUGAAAUAGCUUUUGUUACAUAUCAUUCUUUGUGUAAUUGUAUAUGUAUCUACCUAAGACACUGUAGACAUCAUAUUUGUAUCAUAAUAAAACAAUUCAGCCACUCGUGGAAAA